AUGAUUUGUGAAAGAAUCAGGGCCAAUGCAGCUGCACAAUUCGCUGCGCCCAUCGAGCCACAACCAUCACUCUUAUCCAGUCUCUCGCUUGUUCAGCAUGCCUUCACUCGAUCUGGUGACCGACGCAAAUCAAGUAAAGUCACAGUCCAAUACAUUGGACGAUAUGCUGAACAACUCAACAAUGCCCCUCCUUAUCUUCUUGAUCCUUCAUUUACUUCUCUUCCCAUCGAAGGCGACUUUGUAACAACAUGUUUAGUGCACGCCCCAAAGUUGGCUCAGGUUGCAAAUAAUUAUGUUCUUCCUCCGUGCUAUCCCAUUCAACCCACGGCUCAUCUCGUCACAAGAGAUUUGUCCGAAGCUAUUCUGGUAUAUUUAACACCUGCUGAUCCCCACCAAACAGCCCUAUUACCUGACUCUUUUACUCAUAUCAGCCACGCCAAUUCUGAUCCUGCUUUCAUAAUUGAUUUCUAUCGUGUCUACGAGGACGUUUUAUUAGCUGCAUCUGUAUUUGUUCGUAAUAGACUCGUCCAUGCUAUGUUAACCAGCGCCUAUAUAGGUGCCUCCUAUACUAUUCAAGGAUCAAUGCUUCAAGCAUCCGUCCCAGCUGUCAAUAAUCCAAAAGUCAUGUCACUGAGAGUCAAAUUCUGGGAACCUGACAUACGGAUGGCUAUUAUUCCGUCCAUUUACAGGCAGCAAGAUCAGGAGCAGAGACCUGUAUCGGCUGUCAUUCAAGAUGUCCAACUCGACCAGGACAUGAACAUGACGGCAAAAAUCGCCCUANUUAGUGAUUGA